GGUGCCGUGCCGAGCAUUCUACAUGGUUCUACGUCUGUGGUCCAGAUGAACAGCAGUGUUGCGGCGUGUAACUCCAGGGGUGAUGAUAAUGAUGAGAGGUCCUUAUUUAACACUUCAAUUAUUCAUGGAAAACAUGUGAACCUAUCUGAAAUUCUUUCUGCGAGUCGUGCUGCUGAAUGUAGCACUCUUCAAGGUACAGUUGAAAGUCUGCCCAAAUCAUCUGUUAUUGAUCAAGUGAGCGGAUCAACAGUUAGAGAUGAAAGGAAAGUGUCUUUUGUUGAUCAAUCUGGCGAUAUUACUCUCUCUGCUCCACCAACGCGCAAUGUCAGUGGCUGUAAUCCUCGUCGUGUGUUACCACAGCAAAGACAGGAGGAUAUUGUAACUGGCCCUUCGGAUUAUUCUAGAGAGUUGAGGCAACGGGCUCGAACAUGUUUCGAUGUUGAAGAUGUUCCUUUUGUAGAAUCACCGGAUGAAUCAGAUAGUAAGUAG